ACGUGCCACACCUGAGCUGAACUUCCGGAGAGUUUCACCACAACAGAAGAAGAGGAAGAACAACAACAGCUGAACAGAGAACCAGGAAAAGAACCAGAGAACCAAAAGGAGAACCAGAAGAAGAACCAGAAGAAAGACCAGAACCAAAACCAGGGCCAGAACCGGGAUCUGACCGGGAUCUGAAGCACCAGAUGGAGGACAGUGGGGGGAUGAAACAGGAAGAGGAUGAGGUGGUGACGACCGCCAUGACAGAGCCCAGCACCUUGCAAUGGCCCGCAUACAGAGAGACAGGUCGUCAGACAGGUAGAAGGACAGGCAAACAGUCAGGGAAUGUGGACAGGAUGAGUGUGAGGUCAGACAUGUCUCUCCGUGAGGCGUCCAGUUGGACAGAAAGUGAGAGACAGCUGAAGGCAGAGAGCAGGGUGGGAGAUGAAGAGGCGGGGCUGAAGACACACCUGGAGGAGGAGCCUGAAGAGAACCACCUGCCAGAGAAAGCAGCUCAGGUGUUUAGUCCUGCAGUAACUGUCCUCCCGUCCCCAUCCUCACCAAGAGAAAAUGACGCAUUCUGGGAAAUGGAGUCAGAGAACAGUCCCUUCCUCGGUCCCCAUGUGCCCCAGGACUACAAUCAACACGGCUACCAGUAUGAGUGGGCCGAGGACACACCGCCUGCCAAAUGUGGACAGGGCUGUCCAAACAGGGACGUCUUAAAAAUGGGCGUGUCCUUGAUGACAUCAGCGCUCUUCUUCCCAUUCCUGGUGUGGGGGGGUUUUGUCUUCCUGCCGUUUGACGCUCCCUUGAUGGACGGCGCCGCCCUCAGACUCGUCUACACGCUGCGCUGCUCCGUGUUCGCCACUGCCCCCAUCGUCCUCGGCUGGCUGGUCCUAGGUUUUAGUCGGGUCAGGACAGGUGUGAUUCGGCCUCUGUUUGAUGAUGAGGUGAAGGAGGCGGAGCUUCAACAGGUCGCUGUCCAUCGGCGGUUUGUGUCUGACUCUGCCUCCCUGUUCCUGAUCUACUUCCUGCAGCUGGUUGUCAUGGCGAUGUACCUGAGCCAGGAGCAGCUGAAGCUUGUCCCGCUGCUGACUAUCAUCUUUGCCUUUGGACGGCUGGUUUACUGGGCUGCAGCAGCGUUUGGCAGCAGCAUUCGUGGUUUUGGGUUCGGACUCUCCUUCCUGCCGAGCAUCGCCAUGAUGGCAGCAAACUUCUACUUCAUCUUCACGGUGGAAGCGUCGUCGUCCAUCUUCAGCGAGCCACCUGGAGAGCUGCAGGCUCCGCCCCCCGCCAAACAGAGGUUCUGGGGAUGACGGCUCAUCAGUAAUCAAUGACCUGGGAUCGUAAAGGAUGAAAACUGAUUAGUGUUCAGUAACUUUGUAACAUUUGAUCACAGACUUUCUUACAGUUUAGUUUUUGAUUGACCUUCUGUUCAUUUUAUUUUGUAAAUUCAAUUUUAUAAUCAAUGCUAUUUAUAAUCAAUAAAAAAAAAUAAAAAAAACUUUGUGUCUGCUUCUGUAAUUCAUCAAACAAAUCAGUUCUUUUCUGACACUUUAAUGUUCCUCAGCUUCAUUUUAGUCCAACAGAUUGGACAGAAUGAUGAAGACCUAAUGCAUCUAAUAGUUUACCUGCUCAGGUAAACCUGCAUCACAUUCCUCAGUAAUCUGAUCUGUUACUCACUCUGUCUUCACUGCAGGAAAACCUGAUUUUUAAACAGCAUUUUGUUUUGCAACGGAUGUGAAAUUGUACAUCAAUGUGAAUGAGAAAGGUGUGCUGAAAAGUAUUCUUUCACAACUUUUCUCUGUAUAAACACUAUAAAUCAACAUAAUUGAUUAAUUGAUUGCAAAUAUCUGAAACAACAUUAAAGCUUAAAUCUUUAUAUGAA